AUGUCGCUCAGCCGGCUUCCCCUGGCACCCCGUGGCCUGCGCCGCGGUUCUGCACCAGCGCUGUGCAUCUCCAGCAGUAUUGGACGCACAGUGGUCUUACGUUACCGCUAUUCUAUCGACCGCCUGUGCAAAACAACUGUAGCUCAGUCGAGGGCCACCAGUACCUUGGCAGCCCCGCCAGUCGUCCGUGGUGCUGUAUCGUGCUCGACACCCUCGGCCUGCCCCUUAGCGCCUUUUCGCUUCCGACUGGAGCAGCUGCCACCGCAGCUUCGACGCGAGUUUGAUGUCGAUGCGAAUCAACGCGCUCUGCGACAUCUGCGGCAUCGCACACGCGCGGACACGGACACCAACGGGUCUUCCGCAGCCCCGCUCGACCUGUCUGUGACGCCAUCUACUGUUUAUCCAGUUGUCUGGCGCUGCACGCAGUGCCAGUCGCAGUGGUCCGCCCGACCCUCAGACCGCGCAAACCCCCAACUCGCAGAUGUGCACCGCUGCCCGCAGUGCUACGGCGGCGAGCAUUUGCCUUCCGACGCACCCGACGCCCCGGCCCCACCACAUGCUGGUGCGCAACCAGGACCGUCCUCUCAGCGGCCCACCGCUCCCACCGGUGUCGGUCUCUUGUGUGAUGCCUAUCCUCUGCUCGCUGCACAGUGGGACCCGCUGCGCAAUCAGCUCCCGCAAAGUCAAGUGCUACAGUGUGUGACGGAGGUGCACACGUCCUCUGCCUCCAAGGUGUGGUGGCGUUGCCCGCUCUGCUGCUCUCCAUGGCUCGAAUCCGUAUCGAGUCGUGUUGCACAGUACGCCCUCGCCUUGCAGCGUCAUUCUGCGCAUUCGAAGCCAGGCCUACCAGGCACUGCUACCACCCCCGGUGAUGACCCUCACGGGGCCACUCGCGAGCUGGUGCCUCUCUGCCCGUCGUGCGAGCGUCGCGGCGCGGGUGCCCUUAAUGCCAUUACAUCCGCCAGCCCGCGACGCUUCCUUGCUGACGACACCUUGCUCCUUGGCGAAGUGCUUCUGCGUCCACAUCAAGAUCCACGGCAAAUCUCGCUGUCAAGUGAGAUGACGCUCCAGUGGCGGUGCCACAGCUGCCAGUUCGAGUACGCAGCAACGGUUGCGAACCGCUUCCUUCGCCAUGAGCGGUGCCCGCAAUGCUCCGGGAGGUCUAAAUCGUUGCUCAACUUACUUGUAGUGCAGCGGCCUGACGUGGUGAGGGAGGUGAGCAAGCACAUCUCACGUACGCGGCUGCGCUACGUCACUGUCCACGACGACAUCGAGCUCUCAUUUGUGUGCCGCACCUGCUAUGCACCGUACCGCAUGACAGCGCGCGCCCGCUGCACCGUGCCCCGCGGGGUACCAGCGUGCUCGAAGUGCUUCCUGACGAGCUCACAAGUACUCACCGAAGCCCAGCAGCAGCACCAGCACGGGGGUGUAAAGGCGCUCUCGGCCCGCGCACGGCGACGGGUGCGGCAGAGGGCACUGCAACUCAGCCGCAGCAACCGCCAUAAGGAGCGGCUCGCUGCAACGGCGAAUGAGCUUAGCCACCGUGACAACGCCUUGAAGGACUGA